AUGUCUUUGUAUUUAAUAGACCCCGAUGGUGAUGGUCCACUGAACCCAUUCACUGUACACUGUGAUAUGUGGACAGAAGCGUCUGCUGUAACUACCAUACGGCACAACCAAGAAGACAGAACUCAUGUACAAGGUUAUGAUGAACCAGGUUCAUAUAUGGCGAACAUUACAUAUGGGGAUGUGUCCAUUGACCAGAUUCGAGCUGUCAUCGAUACAUCCGAUACCUGUGAGCAGUGGAUAGGUUAUGAUUGCUACCAUAGUGCAUUCAACUUUGACACUGACGUUCCCAAUGCAUGGUGGGUCGAUUACUCUGGUACAAACCAUUACUAUUGGGGUAGUUCCGGUAACCAAGAGGGCUUUUGUCAGUGUGGAGUUAACGGCGACUGCGAUGAUGCAACAGGUGGCAUCAACGAUGCUUUAAAUAUCAAGUGUAACUGUGACAAUAAUGACAAUAAAUGGAGAACAGAUGAAGGAUACCUAACGGAUAAGACUGUUCUACCAGUCACUGCAUUGCAGUUUGGCGAUAGUGGAGACAACACAGAAGAAGGGUACCAUACUCUUGGCCCACUAACUUGCAUAGCAGCAGAAACACCAGCAUGGACUAAGACAUCUGGGGGUGUUGCCACAAUCGUCGUAAUUUGCAUUAUAAUCGCCAUUGCUACGCUGAUCGCCGCUGGAUGCGUUUAUCGCAUUGUUGUAGUUGCAUGUUAUCGUAAACCUGUUGCACUUGAAGGACGUCCAUCGCUUAGUACAUGUUGUGAGGAUAUCUGUGGUAUUAAGUUUAGAACCUAUAUCAAUGAUUAUUACAAAAGAAAGAACACUAAACAUGUAUGGAAAACUUCAAUGAACCAAGUAAUGGUCACACCCAGGGAAAGAGACAAGAUAAAUGGGGAUAUCAUAAUGUAUCCAACGCAGUGUCAUGAAGACCAUCGAAUGAACAAAACAGAAAAACAUUCACUGUCUACUAGUAAGAAGAAUAUGGGUGACAAGAUGUUCCCAAGUCUGCCAGAAAGAAAGGUUUCCCCUGUUGAAUUUACUAAAACAAACGAAACAAAAAGCAAUGAUGAGUCCCAUCAUCGUCCGACUGUCCAAACUAGAGGUUUGAAAAGCAAGACGGCCAGGAGAGGAAGGAGAGGAAGACGCACUAACAAACAUAAAUAA